UUUAGAGACUCAGAAACUUUCAAAGUUCAAACAUCCUAGAAAUCUCCACCAAACCAUCUACUUGCCCUGUGGGUCUCCAAAGAAAAUGUUUAUUUCCGCAUUGUUACUUUCUGGUAUGGUAGAGGAAAACAGGACAGGGCCUUCAGUCUUAUGCUAACCGGUAACUGCAGGUCAGACUAACCAGAGCUUGCAAUUUAUCUGCUGAAGUUUAUGUAUUUCAGAAUCUCAUAAGGGUAAGUUGGUGAAACAGGACUGGCCACUUUCCCUUCGUUUUAUUCAACCUUUUGUUUUUAUUUCAUUUCUUGAAACUGCUCUUUUUGGUGAUAUAGAAGCCACUUAAUGGUAUAAGAAAGCUUGAAUUACUGCUUUUCAUAAGGUUUCGAAAGGGGCUCCAUCAGAUUAUUUUACCUCAGCCAGUAGAUAAUGGAAUCAAGUUUAGAUGCAAGGCUUUGAAAAUUUAUUUUGAUUGCUCAUUCCAAAGAUAAUUAUUGAUUUUUCAGCCAUAUAAUUCGGGUUUCAUUCAUGAGGACGGUUCAAUUCCAGCCUUGCAAGAACGCUUUAAUAACAGGCAGAAAGUGCAGUGAGGUAUGUGAAUUGUAGAGAUAGCUUGGGAUGAAAUUAAUGCUUUCACGUGGGAAAAGGGCAUAGGAAGAAGGAAGAGGCGUUCGAGUCCCAUUUUUCUAAACCUCUAUGGAAGGUCUUAUCAUAAUUCUUCUUUGCUCCUUUGUGCUGCCUCAUGUAAUUAUAUCUACUACAGUGGACUCCAUAGAUACAACUCACCCCAUCAGAGAUGGUGAGACCUUAGUUUCAGCUAGUGAAAUUUUUGAACUAGGAUUCUUUAGUCCAGGUGGUACCGGCAAGCGAUACUUAGGAAUAUGGGACAAGAAAUCUGUCAAGACUGUUGUAUGGGUGGCCAACAGGGAAGUACCCCUCAAUGAUUCAUCAGGCGUUGCAAAAGUUACCAAUCAGGGAAUUCUUGUCCUUCUGAGUGGUGAGGGCAAAACUAUUUGGUCUUCCCACUUUUCAAGACCUGCGCGUAAUCCAGUUGCACAGCUGCUGGAUUCGGGUAACCUCGUUGUGAAAGAUGAGUUGGACGAAAGCUUCAUAUGGCAGAGCUUUGAUUAUCCAUGUGAUAUACUGCUACCAGGCAUGAAGAUCGGAAAGGAUUUUGUUACAGGCCUACAUCGUUAUCCAUCAUCGUGGGUGCAUUAUCGUUUGGUACAAGAGGAUACCUGUGACAAUUAUGGAUUAUGUGGUGCAAAUGGUUUCUGCAACAGCAAUAACUCCCCAGUUUGUACCUGCUUAAGUGGAUUUGUGCCAAAAAACAAAGAAGAAUGGGAUAAGGAACCAGGGUCAGGUGGGUGCAUAAGAAAGACUCCGCUGAACUGUUCUGGAGAUGGAUUUCAGGAGAUUUCCGGAGUAAAGUUUCCGGACUCGGGACAAUCCGCAAGUAACAACAGUAUGAACCUUGAGGAGUGCAACAUCCAGUGCACAAAGAACUGCUCGUGCACAGCUUAUGCUAAUUUGGAUAUAAGAGAUGGAGGAAGCGGGUGCCUGCUCUGGUUCGGUGAACUGAUUGAUAUUAAACACUCCACUGGUAGAGGACAAUCAAUUUAUGUAAGGAUGGCUGGCACAGAUCUAGAUCAAACUGAUAGCUCAAGCACAAAUAAAUCCUCUUCGAAGAAAAAGAUGUGGAUCGCGGUGAGCUCUGCAUUCGUUAUUGUGGUGGUCACUUUUGGCAUAGCCCUGGUCCUUUUUCUUUGGAGGAAGAAACGCCAGAAGAAAAAGGGCUCAAUGCAAGGCCUUUUAGAAAGAAGUAAUAAAUAUAAGGAUCAGAAGGAUGAUCUUGAGUUGCCAUUAUUGGACUUCGCAACAAUUGCUCGUGCUACCAAUAACUUUUCUCCUACGAAUAAAAUCGGAGAGGGUGGUUUUGGAUCUGUCUACAAGGGUAUCUUGGAGGAUGGACAGGAAAUUGCUGUGAAGAGGCUGUCAAAGAGUUCUACACAAGGAGACAAUGAGUUCAAAAAUGAAGUUGAUCAAAUUGCAAAAGUUCAGCAUCGAAAUUUAGUGAAGCUUCUAGGGUGUUGCAUUGAAACGGAUGAAAAGGCGUUGAUAUAUGAAUUUAUGCCUAACAAAAGCCUGGACUUCUUUAUAUUUGAUCAAGCUCAAAGCAUGUCAAUGGAUUGGCCCAUGCGCCACAACAUCAUCAAUGGGAUUGCACGUGGCCUCCUUUAUCUUCAUCAAGAUUCCAGACAAAGAAUUAUACAUAGAGAUCUGAAGGCUGCUAAUAUUUUACUAGACCAUGAAAUGAAUGCAAAAAUUUCAGACUUUGGUUUGGCUAGAAGUUUUGGGGAGAAACAAACUGCAGCAAAUACAAGUAGGGUGGUGGGAACAUAUGGAUACAUGUCUCCUGAGUAUGCAAUUGAUGGGGUUUACUCGAUAAAAUCUGAUGUCUUUAGUUUUGGUGUUUUGGUACUAGAGAUAGUGAGUGGGAAAAGAAACAGAGGAUUCUGUCAUCCAGAUCACCAGCUUAACCUUGUUGGCCAUGCAUGGAGGUUAUUUAAUGAAGGCAAAUCCUUGGAACUGAUUGCUGCACCGAUUAGCGACACUCGGAACUCACAUGAAAUCAUAAGAUCAAUUCAUGUUGGUCUACUAUGUGUGCAACAAAGUCCAGAUGACAGGCCAAGCAUGUCAAAUGUUGUUCUGAUGCUGAGUUCCGAAGACCCUUUGCCUAAGCCUAAACAACCAGGUUUCUUCCAUGAGAGGGAUCUGGCUGAAUUUAGUUCCUCAUCAAGCAGUCAAAAACAAUUUUUGACGAGUAAUUUCACUAUAACGGUAUUAGAUGCAAGAAAACUUCGAACGAUGUGGGUUGUAAUUGGCGUGGAUAGCCUUAUAGAAAAGGUCGUUUCGUUCUCUCUGGAAAAUGCUGUAAGCGAAAGGAAGAUCAGUUCAAGUCUUCAGUUUUUCAUCCUUUUAAUGGAAGGCUUGGGGAUACUUCUUGUUUGCUCCUUUUUGUUGUCUCAUCUGACUAUAUCUGCUGCGGUCGACACCUUGAAUACAACUCAAUUAAUGAGAGAUGGCGACACGAUAGUUUCAGCAGGUGGAAGAUUUGAGCUUGGAUUCUUUAGUCCAGGUGCAAGCAGGAAGAAAUACUUGGCAAUAUGGUACAAGCAAAUACCUGUCAAGACUGCGGUAUGGGUGGCCAACAGAGAACUGCCCCUCAACGAUUCAUCAGGUUUUCUGAAACUUACCAAGCAGGGAAUUCUAGUCCUUCUGGAUCGUAAUAGGAGAACUGUUUGGUCUUCAAACUCAUCUAGACUCGCUCGAAAUCCAGUUGCACAGCUCUUGGAUUCAGGAAACCUCAUUGUGAGAGAGGAGAAUGACAGCAAUCCUGAAAACUUAUUGUGGCAGAGCUUUGAUUACCCAUGUGAUACAUUGCUACAAGGCAUGAAACUUGGAAGAAACUUAAUCACAGGCCUGGAUCGUUACCUGUCAUCCUGGAAGAGUCCUGAUGAUCCUUCUCACGGUAAUUUUACAUAUCGGUUUGACGUUGGUGGAUUUCCAGAACUUAUACUGAGAGAGGGUUCAGUUGUUCGAUUCCGUCCUGGCCCUUGGAAUGGUCUGCGGUUUAGUGGCACACCUGAACUAAGACCAAACAAAUUUUUCACAGUUAGUGUUGUGAUCAAUGAGACGGAGGUAUAUGACACCUAUGAGCUUCAUAAUAGCUCAAUUCUUUCAAGGAUGGUGUUAAGUCAGGAUGGACUUUGGGAGCGCCUCACUUGGACUGAUAGAACCCAGAGUUGGGAAGUUUUUGUUACAGUACAAAUGGAUAACUGUGACAAUUAUGCACUGUGUGGUGCGUAUGGUAGCUGCAAUGCAAGUAACACCCCAGAGUGCAGUUGCUUGAAAGGAUUUGUGCCACAAUUUCCAAAAAAUUGGGACACUAAAAAUUGGUCAAAUGGGUGUGUUAGAAAGACCCCAUUGAACUGCUCUACUGAUGGAUUUCUAAAGUUCUCUGGCGUGAAGUUGCCAGAUUCACGAAAAUCCUGGUUUAACUACCGUAUGACUCUUGAGGAAUGCAAGAACCUCUGCACAAAAAACUGUUCAUGUACAGCUUACUCAAAUAUCGAUAUAAGAGAUGGAGGAAGUGGAUGCUUGCUUUGGUUUGUCGACCUGGUUGACAUUCAACAAUUCAGUGAAAAUGGACAAGAAAUAUAUAUCAGGAUGGCUGCAUCAGAACUAGAUCAAAUAGAGAGUAUCAAAUCCAAGGAGAAGGACAGAGUCAGAGUUGCAUUCAUCUGUGUGUUGACUGCAGCAGUGUUGAUACUUGGCCUAUCCUUGGUGUUGUAUCUUUGGAGGAAGCGAUACCAUGAGAAACCUGGAUUGCCGACAUAUGUCCCUGAAAGCAGUUCGGAUGUUAAAAAUCAGAAUGAAGAUUUAGAGUUACCCUCAUUUGACUUAGCCACAAUUGUUUUUGCAACCGAUAACUUUUCAAUGAAGAAUAAACUGGGAGAAGGCGGUUUUGGAACUGUCUAUAAGGGGAUCUUGAAGGAUGGACUAGAAAUUGCGGUAAAGAGGCUAUCUAAGAGUUCUGGACAAGGACUUGAUGAGUUCAAAAAUGAAGUCAUACAUAUUGCAAAACUUAAGCAUCGAAAUUUAGUGAAGCUUUUAGGAUGCUGCAUACAGGGGGAUGAAAAGAUGUUGAUCUAUGAAUUUAUGCCUAACAAAAGCCUGGACUUGUUAAUUUUUGAUGAAACUAAAAGCAUGUCACUUGAUUGGCCUAUGCGCUACAACAUUAUCAAUGGGAUUGCUCGUGGGCUCCUUUAUCUCCAUCAAGAUUCAAGACAAAGAAUAAUACAUAGAGAUUUGAAAGCUGCUAAUGUUCUCUUAGACAACGAAAUGAACCCCAAAAUUUCAGACUUUGGCCUGGCUAGAAGUUUUGGAGAUAAGGAAACUGAGGCAAAUACAAGGAAAGUGGUGGGAACAUAUGGAUACAUGGCACCUGAGUAUGCAAUUGAUGGUCUCUACUCCAUUAAGUCUGAUGUCUUUAGCUUUGGUGUAUUGGUGCUAGAGAUAGUGAAUGGGAAUCGUAACAGGGGAUUCUGUCAUCCAGAUCACCAGCUUAACCUUCUUGGGCAUGCAUGGAGAUUGUUUGCUGAAGGAAAAUCAUUUGAAUUGAUUGCAUCAGCAAUUAGGGACACCAGCAAUGCUUCUGAAGUGUUAAGAUCAAUUCAUGUAGGCCUGUUAUGUGUGCAACAUAGUCCAGAAGAUAGACCAAACAUGUCUAAUGUGGUUAUGAUGUUAGGAAGUCAAGGACCUUUGCCCCAGCCUAGACAACCAGGUUUCUUCACUGAAAGGGAUCUGGUUGAUCAAUCAAGUUCUUCAUCAACCAGCCAGAAACUUUUAUCAUCUAAUGAUUUCACCAUUGGGAUGUCAGAAGCAAGAUAAAUAAAUUUUCAGGUUAAUUUUGCCUGCCUAGUGAACUCUUAGAAGUUGGAAUUCAUUGCUGUGUAACUGAAGUAUAUUCAAUGUCUUUGAAGCCUGUUAGUUUAUCCUAAUGUGUUUUUUAAUGUAUAGAUUAUUUCUUGUAUCUCUUUUCUACAGUUGCUUUUCUUGAUUAAGUUAGGUAUUACAAAUCCAAAAAAAUCUCUAUUUGAUGUUCUUGAACACUAACAGAUAGAGUCCAAAUGUAACUUUCACUAGUCAAUAUGAUUAUUUGUCAUCA